AUGGCAUUCAUGUGCAUCGUCGGCAAGAUCGGAGUACGCAUGUCUCUUCUGAUUUCGAGUACAGGCGACAUCGUAUACGCGGGAAACCUAUACCUCAACUCCAAGAACGGAACACAGUGGUUUCUGAUGUUUGGAUCGAUAUUAUCAGGGAUCACUGACAGCUUAAUGUACGCAGUCGAAGGGCCCAUCAUCACCUGUCUGUACACAUCUGCUCCUCCAACUAAUUGCACUAACCAAAACGCGCCCCAGCAUACCCCAAGCCCGCACGGCGCGGCCGCAUGCUCGCCUUAUGGGUCGCCCUGUGCACACUGUUCCUCCUGUUCGACCCUCGUGACAAUGGCGACGCAAACCACCCUCUUCUGGAUCAUCGGACAAAUCAUCGUCCUCUCGUAUAUGACGGGGACACUAAGGGGCGUCGAGUGCGCGGGCCAGGCCGUCGCGUAUGGCAUCAAGUCGAGCGAUACGAUGGACUGGCUCUCUAUUGGGCUCAACGUCGGUCUAUUUGUCCUCGCGAUCCCCUUCGCGUGGGCGGUCAUCCGGAAGAUCGGUGUUGAAUCCUUCAAGAAUAUCGAAUCAGAUGUAGCCAGCACCGACGAGAAGAGUGAUACCCCGGACAGCAAGGAGGAAUGGGCUUGA